AAGUAAAGAACAAAGUUAAAAUGAACAAUAUAAUUAGGUCAUACGAAGUAAGUGGAGUGGUAAAGCGUGACAUGAGCACUCUAAAAACAAGCCGUUGUGUUAGAUACCAAGUCUUAUUUGGUAAAAAAACACCGUUAGAAUUAUUACUUUUUAUUUACUAUAAAUUGGUUUACAAAGUUAAAACUUCUUCAUCAAUUUUUCUAUAAUUCUCCGAAGAAUUUUUUUCAAAAUGACGUUCUUGCUCUACCUUGUUAUGUUCUUUCUGCUCUUAAACGCUUUCGCAAUGGCACAAUCUUUGAUCCGAGAUUCUUGCAAGAAAGCUGCAGAUCAAAACCCAAAGAUUCAUUACAAUUUCUGCGUUAAGUCUCUCGAAGAGAAUCCGCAUAGCAAAACCGCACGUAGUCUUGAUAGGUUGGUCAUGUCAUCCACAAAAAACGCAGUGUCGAAAACAACAAGCAUGAAAGGAAUUGUGGACAAGAUUCUCAAAGAGAAUAGAUAUGAAAAGUACAGUGAGAAACCAUUACGCGAUUGCCUCGAGCUUUAUUCGGAUGCUACAAAUUCCUUAACCGAAGCUUUAACGAUCAUUAAAUCGCGUGAUUACAAAACCGCUAACGUGGUUAUAAGUGCCGCAGUGGGUGCACCACCUAGUUGCGAAAUUGGAUUCAAAGAAGGAAAAGAACCUCUCAAAUCUCCAUUUACAAAAGAUAACGAUGUUUUGUUUCAAAUGAUUUUGAUUCCUUUAGCUUUUACAAAUAUGUUGAAAACUUGAAAUGAAACUACAUAUGCAAGUGUAUUGUUAGGAUUCCUACGUCUCAAAUGAGAACAUUAAUUUAAGGUAGUAUAUAAAUGAGAUGGACUAAAUUACUCACUA